GUGGAACACAGUGGUCAGCCUUAUCCUCAAUUAGUUGCAGUUUCUAAGACCAAACCUCCCGAAUGCGUUAUUGAAGCAUACAAUGCUGGUCAACGAGCAUUUGGAGAAAAUUAUAUUCAAGAAUUGGUUGAGAAGAGCACGAACGAGGAGCUUAGAGUUUCGUGUCCAGAAAUUCGUUGGCAUUUUAUUGGAAGAUUGCAGUCAAAUAAAAUCAAGAUGUUAACAGCUGUCCCAAAUUUGGCAAUGGUUGAAACCAUAUCUACAAUGAAAAUGGCGACAUUACUUAACAAUGCAUGGCAAAAUGUUUCCGUAAAACCUCUCGAUGUUUUAAUUCAAGUCAACACAAGUGGAGAGGAACAGAAGGGUGGUGUCCCUGUAUCGGAUGUUGUUAGCUUGUACAAGUCUAUUUCUGAUCAUUGUUCGCACUUACAUCUGUGUGGCCUAAUGACUAUUGGAAAAUAUGAAUAUGAUCCAGGCCUUGGACCUAAUCCUGACUUCUUACGGCUUCGUGAUUGCAGAAAAGAAGUGUGCGAGUCACUUGGUCUUCCCGAGCAUUCACUUCAUUUAAGUAUGGGAAUGUCUACAGAUUACGAAAUGGCUAUUGCUUUGGGUAGCACCAUGGUUCGUGUUGGAUCUUACAUAUUCGGAGCUCGCAAAUAA